UUUACCCGCAGCUCGAUAUUCAAAUUCCCUCACAGGUGCUGCGCACGCUUUUGAGUCUUGAACUGCGCUAUGGAUCAGUCACUGAUAAAUGAAUUGACGAACUGCCUACAACACACACUAUCACCAGAUCGAGAGAGCAGGAAGUCGGCAGAAUCAUAUCUAAAGGCUGUGGAACUACGCCCGUCUUAUUGCCUAUGUUUACUUAGGAUUCUUCAGGAUUCCAAUGUCCCUCUCCCUACACGUAUGGCCGCGGCUAUUACUCUGAAGAAUUUUAUAAAAAACCGCUGGCAUGUCGAUCCUGAAGAAACAGAUAAUAUACAAGCAUCUGAUCGUGAAGGUUUACGCAAUCAACUUAUCGGAGCUAUGCUUUCUGUAUCAGGCAAUUUACAACCACAGCUAUCUGAAGCUAUAAGUACAAUUUGGCGUGAAGAUUUCCCGCAUAGAUGGCCUAAUUUAAUUCCUGAAUUAGUUCAACGAAUGGCUCAACUUGGUGCAGACUUAAGCAUGGUUCAUGGAGUUCUGUAUACUGCGCAUACAUUGUUUAAAAGAUAUCGUCAUGAAUGCGCGGGUUCCGAGCUCUACACAGAAAUGAAGCUUGUAAUUGGUCAGUUUGGUGCACCACUCACAGAACUUGCAAAAAACCUUCUGGCGUUAGUUGUGGGAGGAAGUCAAAACAUGGAUCCACCACGUCUGGUUACAGCUCUUCAAUGUUUGCUGCUCGUCUGUAAAAUAUUUCUUAGUCUUAAUUGUCAGGAUUUACCAGAAUUCUUUGAAGAUAACAUGCAAGAUUGGAUGUCAUUUUUCCGUAGCCUCUUACAACUGAAUUCAUCAAGUCUUAAUUUAACAACUAGUGGUGAUGCCGGGGGAGAAACCAAUGGAAUUGUUUUAGUUGAACAAAUUAAAUCUCAAGUUUGUGAUAAUGCCAGCUUGUAUGCAUCUAAGUAUGAACCAGAGUUUGCUACCUAUCUGCCUGGAUUUGUUACUGAUGUCUGGGAAAUGCUGUUGGGCACUGGUGCACAAACAAAAUAUGACUUGCUUAUUGGUAAUGCAAUCAAUUUCCUGAGCUCUGUCAUAUCACGUCCACAACAUAGAUAUCUUUUUGAGAAUCCAGAAACACUACAAAAACUUUGUGAAAAAGUCAUUCUACCAAAUAUGCAUUUUAGAGCUUUAGACGAAGAGUUAUUCACUUAUAGUCCUGAUGAAUAUAUACGCCUGGAUUUAGAAGGAUCAAAUGCACAAACCCGUCGAAGAGCAGCCUGUAAUCUUGUACAUGUUCUGUGUGAAGCAUUUGAAGGUCCUGUUGUGACUAAUUUUUCAACGUAUAUUGAACACCUGUUAAACGAGUAUGCUAAUACCCCGAGUGGUGGGGCAUGGACAUCGAAAGAUGCUGCUUUACUGCUGGUUACAACAGUGGCAAGUCGUGGAAAAACAGAAAAGCAUGGUGUUACAAUUUCUACGGGAUUAGUUAAUUUGACAACAUUUUUUGAAAAUCAUGUCCUGCCUGAAUUACAAAAUCCUGAUGUUAACUACUUGCCUGUAAUUAAAGCUGAUUGUCUACGUUAUGCAAUCGCUUUCCGAUCUCUACUCCCGCCAAUGGCUUUAGUCAACCUGUUAAAUAUGACGCCUAACUUAGUGAUGGCUGCAGCGACGGUUGUACAAAGUUAUGUGGCAGCUGUAAUUGAUAAACUACUCGCUAUGCGACGACCAGAUUCACCAGCAGAACCUUUAAUAUUGAAAGAACAAGUGGCAGAUCCUCAGUUAUUGAUUGACCGAUUAUUAGCUAUACUCAAUAAUCCAGAGUAUUGUGAAAGUGUUUAUGUGAUGCGAGCUCUAAUGAGAGUCUGUUGUUGCCUACAAGAACGUUGUCUCCCAUCAAUGAACAAUCUUGUCUCUACACUAUUGGCUCGUCUUACUCAGGUUACAAAGAAUCCUUCGAAACCAGAUUUUAAUCAUUUCUUAUUUGAAACAAUCUGCUUGUGCAUUCGGUUAACAUGUGCAGCUGAUCCUAAUUCUGUGGUACAUUUUGAAGCAGCAUUUCUACCAAUUUUCCAGGAUAUUCUACAACAAGAUGUUGUGGAAUUUGUACCGUAUGUAUUCCAAUUGAUAAGUGUUAUGCUCGAACAGUAUCCAUCCUCGCAAUCAGUUCAAGUGAAUUGUAAGCCGCAGUCAAUGUUAAACGGUAGCGCAACAAAUCCCAAUAGUCUACGACCUUCACAAGCGUAUUCAGCUCUACUCCAGCGUAUCUUAGUUCCAUCAUUAUGGGAACCAAGUCGGAAUGUUCCUUCACUUGUUCGCCUGCUACAAGCUUAUCUUCUACAUGAUAUGGAUGAUGUUUUAUCAGAAAAUAAGAUAUCACCUAUCAUGGGAGUAUUUCAAAAAUUAGCCAGUUCAUCAACUAAUGAAGUGCAUGCCUUCGCAUUACUAAAUGCCUUGCUUCUAGCUGGUCCAAAAGAUACUAUGAUGCCUAAUAAUUUCCGUCAAAUAUUUAUGGUCAUAUUUCGUCGACUACAAACGUGUAAAACAGAAAGAUUUUUGAAAGCCUUUGCAUCAUUCAUCGCUCAUUUUGUAUUGAUCUAUUCACCGAAUGAAUUAAUCACCCUUGUCGAUGGUAUUCAAUCGAAUAUAUUCUCGCGUGUUUUGGAGAAAGUACUCAUUCCAUAUGCUGACGCCAUUAUCACUAGUCCUUUGAUCCCGUCAAUUGGUUUUGGAAAAAGCACUGAAACCUCAGGUAUCCCAUCUACUUAUGUUUGUACACAAUGGCGUGAAAAUUCUAUUGGUUUGAUAAGAUUUAUCGGUGAAGCACAAGGGCUACUUGUUGAUGGUGCUGCUUAUCGUGCUUCAUGGUUGCCUUUGCUGACAAAAAUUAUCUCCGGUCUGGCAAAUGGUCCAAAUCGUGGUGGUGAGGCAGCAAGUGAUAUUGCUGUAUCAACUGCUAUUAAUUCAAUGGUGAAUGGUUUCAGUAAAGAUGAACGUUUCAUUGAAAUGGAUUCUGAUCCGUCUGGUCAAUCAGCCUAUUCUCAACUGACAUUUGCAGUUCAACGUCUUCCUGAUCUGUGUGCAUCGAUUACAGAUCCAAGAAUUUAUCUGGCUAAAACACUGCACGAUUUGUCGAACCAAUCGCCUGGAAAGAUGCCGUUGAUCCUCAACUCGAUCACAGAACAACCUAUAACCGCCUAUCUACAAUCGAUAAUGGGACGUGCUCAGUUAUGUAUAAACUAAUAACAAGUUAGAUGAAGAGAUGAUGAAGAAGAACAAUGAAUGUGAGAAGAUUCCUGUGUUUCUGUUUCCGUUUCCCCCUUCCCAUCCGCACCCCCGCCUAAAUCUUGUUCUUUCCAUUCUUCCCAUUCCUCACCACCCGCCCCCACCUUCGUCCAAUUCUGUUAUGUGUGUUGUUAGAACACUGUGUAAUUUUAUUCAAAGAUUUUAUGUGUUUCUAUCCAUAUUAUACAUAUAUACAUAUUCAGAUUUUGAUCACUAUUCACCACUAUUUCACAUUCUCUACUAUGUGUUUGUGUUUAAUGCGUACGUGUGUGUGUGUGUGUGUGUGCGAGCCAUCGAGCGAGAGAGACAGUUGAAGCAGUUUAGGUUAACGAAUUCUUUUUUGACAUCACAGAGACGCACGCACCCACUACUCCCCCCUUAUUUCCUGCCUUUUCAACAGAUCAGCUCCGUCUUCUUCUCCUUCCUUUGCCGCCUCCUUCAUCUUAGAGAAUUUUUUAUAUUUUGUGUCUCUCCCCCCCACCGAACUCACCAUUUUUGAUACUUUCACCAUCCGCCUCUUUUAUACGGCACUGAUUUUCCCUUUUUCCCCUAAUCCGGUUAUUUUUUUAUUUUUGUUGUUGUUGCUCUUUCCAAUUUUUGCACAUUUUGAGUUCUAGUGUUCAACAUGUGUGUGUGCGUGCAUGCAUGCAUGAAUGCGUGGGUGUGUGCACGUGAUGAUGCCUUUAUACCUCUGUUAUUAUUAUUAUUACUAUUUUUCAAAAAAUCUCUUUUAGGAGUUCAGUUUUCUUUACAAUGGUGUGUCUUGUUGACAUUAUUGUGUUUUUGUGUGUAUUUCUCCACCCCACCUAUCCUUCGUUUUUUUUAAAAGGGAGUGGGACACAGAGAGUGGUGCUGGUGGUAGUGGUGAAGUGUUAGCGAGAGAGAGAGAGAAAGAGAGACACGCUUAAAUGCAUUUUUUAUACUCAAUCUUGUUUCUCAAUUUCAUUUGUUUUCGUUUUUUGGUAUUAGAUUAUAAAAUAAUGAUGAUUAACAAAGGCUGGGGUUUUUUCCUCCCCUGA